CACUGUCAGUUGUUAGCUGAAGGGGAAAAAAAGUGGAAUGGACGCAGAGAAGAUCAGCAUCCGUACCAAACGAUGAAGGUUGAGUCAGAUCCAACAGAUUUUGCUUAAAAAUAAGAAAAAGAAGAGCGGCUGUCAUCAUGUAUGGGUUUGUGAAUCACGCCUUGGAGCUCCUCGUCUUAAGGAAUUAUGGCCCGGAAGUGUGGGAAGACAUCAAGAGGGAGGCUCAGCUUGAUAUUGAGGGUCAGUUCCUUGUUAGAAUCAUAUAUGAAGAUGGCAAAACAUACGAUCUUGUUUCUGCUGCAAGCAAAGUUCUCAAGAUUGAUGCAGGAGACAUUUUGCAGAUGUUUGGGAAGAUGUUUUUUGAAUUUUGCCAAGAGUCUGGAUAUGACACCAUCUUGAGAGUGUUGGGAUCAAAUGUUCGGGAAUUCCUGCAGAAUUUGGAUGCCCUACAUGACCACCUGGGUACCAUUUAUCCCGGGAUGAGGGCUCCCUCGUUCCGCUGCACCGAUGCAGAGAAGGGGAACAAUCUGAUUCUUCACUACUACUCAGAGAGAGAAGGCCUGCAAGACAUUGUGAUUGGCAUCAUUAAAACUGUCGCUCAACAAAUCCAUGGGACAGAGAUAGAGAUGAAGAUGAUCCAACCAAAAAGUGCAGAGUGCGACCACAUCAAGUUUCUGAUUGAGGAGAAAGACUCGGAGGAAGAGGCGUUCUACGAGGACCUGGAUGGCUUUGAGGAGAAUGGCACACAGGAGACUCGGAUCAGCCCGUACACAUUUUGCAAAUCCUUCCCAUUCCACCUCAUGUUUGACAGAGACCUGAUGCUCACACAGUGUGGGAACGCCAUUUAUCGAAUCCUGCCUCAGCUCCAGCCUGGUGCCUGUAUCCUGCCUUCAGUUUUUUCUUUAGUCCGUCCUCACAUUGACUUCAGUUUUCACGGCAUCCUCUCCCACAUCAACACCGUCUUUGUUCUGCGAAGCAAGGAGGGGCUACUGAACGUAGAGACUAUAGAGAACGAGGACGAGCUGACGGGGGUGGAGAUCAGCUGUCUAAGAUUGAAAGGACAGAUGAUUUACUUGCCAGAGGCGGAGAACAUUCUUUUUCUUUGCUCACCAAGUGUUAUGAACCUGGAUGAUCUCACACGAAGGGGGCUUUACCUGAGCGACAUCCCGCUACAUGACGCCACACGUGACUUGGUGCUGCUAGGCGAGCAGUUUCGUGAGGAGUACAAGCUGACCCAGGAGCUGGAAAUCUUGACAGAUCGUCUGCAGCACACACUCAGGGCCCUGGAGGAUGAGAAGAAAAAGACAGACAGAUUGCUCUAUUCCGUUCUGCCGCCCUCUGUUGCCAACGAGCUGCGACACAAACGUCCAGUCCCAGCAAAACGCUACGACAACGUGACCAUUCUCUUUAGUGGCAUUGUAGGAUUUAAUGCCUUCUGCAGCAAGCACGCCUCAGCCGAGGGAGCCAUCAAGAUAGUCAACCUGCUCAAUGAUGUUUACACACGUUUUGACAUCUUGACAGACUCUCGGAACAAUCCUUAUGUAUACAAGGUGGAAACCGUGGGUGAUAAGUACAUGACAGUGAGCGGCCUACCAGAGCCGUGCACACACCACGCCAAGUCCAUCUGCCACCUAGCUCUUGAUAUGCUGGAGAUUGCUGGACAAGUCAAAGUGGAUGAUCAACCAGUACAGAUUACUAUUGGAAUCCACACAGGAGAAGUGGUGACUGGAGUGAUUGGCCAGAGGAUGCCUAGAUAUUGCCUUUUUGGAAAUACGGUCAACCUCACAAGUCGUACAGAAACUACUGGUGAAAAGGGAAAAAUAAAUGUCUCUGAAUACACUUACCGGUGUUUGCAGUCUGCUGAGAAUGCUGACCCUCAGUUUAAUUUGGAGUAUCGGGGCCCCAUCACCAUGAAAGGAAAGAAGGAACCAAUGAAGGUGUGGUUUCUGUCCAGGAAGCCCACCGACACAGAGUCCACCACAGAUAGUUAAAGCUUAACAAUUCAGAUUCAACACUAAAACGUCACACGUGUCAUCUAACAGAAGCUUCAGCAUGAAACUGUAUAGUCACAUUUUCUUUAUAAAUUGUGUAAAUUUUGAGGGAUGAGUUAAGUCAGUUUAAAAAAAAUAACAAAUGAGUAGCUAUCCUCAGACACAGAUAUUUUUAGUAUGUUGAACCAGUGCCAUUGCUUUUCCUGCUUGUGUCUGCUUAACCAUGAUUUGAUUCAUGAAUAGUGAAGGUUAGUGAUAUUCAAGUUUGAUACAUUUUUGGAAUAACAUAUUCUCACAUUGUUAUAAAAGCACUAAAGGUUUUGAUAAGCAAAGCAUUUCCCAUAUAUCUUAAAUGUUUUAGUUGCUAUUUUUUUUUUUUUAUAUUUUGUCAUGUACUGCUUUUGUUCUACUAAUCAGCCCAAAUAACUAAUUUGUAUGAAAAUAUAUUCAAUAGCUUGAUAUCAUGUUUUGCAAAAACAUUAUCAUGUUUUGUAAAAACAUUACUGUUAUUCUUUGAGACCCAUUGUUGUUCAUUGUUCACUGUAUGUUUCACUGGCAUCCAAAACCAUUAAAAUUAAGAGAUUAAUAUCACCUCAUUCACCAGCACUUUGGCACAAAUUAAAUUUCAAAGAUGUAGGUUUCAUUUUGAUUUAUUUAAAAACAAAAAGUCACAAAUGAUACAUGUUCAGCAGUAAGCAAAUCUGUAUUUUAACACAUCUAUAAAAGAGUUAUUAAAAUAGUCUGAACUCAGCACUAUACUCUACUUUGUAUAUUGAUUGCACCUCUUUACUCACUUUGUCUGCUUCUGUAAAAAAAUAUUGAAUACCAUGUUCAGUUAUACUAAACGUAGAGAUAUUGAUCAUACCAAACAUUGAGAUAUUGAUAUACAUAUUUAGCUAGUUAAACGUGUUUUUUGAAAUGUAUUCUUUUUUUCUGAUGAACUAGUAGCCAAGUAAACUUUAUUAGGGGUGGAACUGCUGUUUGUGCCUCUAUAAGUUAAACUAUGUUGUAUGUGUUGGAUUAAUUUCACAUGCGUAAAUGUAUGACACUUCCUCACCCUAUUUUUCAGACAAUGUCAUAAAUCAAUGUCCUUGCAAGGCGUCCUCUAACCAUGCAGCUUCCUAUGUAAUAAUCAAACAGCUGCCUCUGUACUGCACAAGUCUAUGUAAACGCUUGUACAGUUGAGGCCAAAAUUAUUAGCCCCUCAGGAAUUUUCCUAAAAUUCUUCCCGAUGUUGGCAGCAUUGAUAAAACUUGAUACAAUCUAACAUUCAUCAAUACUAUUUAGUAGCUUUUGGUACAUUUUGGAAUAUAAAAUAAAUUUUUAGGCUUGCUUUAGAUCAAGUAUAGUGAAAAAUGGUGUGGUCAAAAAUAUUAGCCCCCAUGUGAAUUUUUGCUUU